AUGCGCGCGCGCGCGAGGGCGACGGCGGCGACGACGACGGCGCGCGCGGAUGCGCGGACGCGCGCGCGAUGCGGGUCGUGGUGGCGCGACCGCGACGCCCUGCUCGCGCGCACGUCGCGGACGGCGGCGCGCGAGGGCGACGGGGUGGAGGAUGAAUUGCGCGCGGCGCGGCGAGCGCGCGGCGACGCGCGCGCGCUGGGCGUGGAUUACGGCGCGCGGCGCAUCGGACUCGCGGUCUCGGACUCGGGGAUGGCGCCGCGACCGCUGCGCACGAUGGAACAUCGAGGGAGCGCGACGACGGGGGCGAGCGCGCGAGAGGUGGCGGAGACGGCGGCGAGGGAGUGCUGCGAUAGAAUCGUCGUCGGGGUGCCGAAACAGCCGGGACGAGGGAUGAAGGAUCGACGCGGACGCGGACGAGGGGCGGUUCGGAUGGAUUUGAUCUGUGCGCGGUUCGCGGGAGAGGUGGCGGACGCGUUGGCGCGGAGCGAAGACGCGAACGCGAGAGCGGUGACGGUGUACACGCUGGACGAGUCGAGGACGAGCGUGGAGGCGGCGGAACGCAUGGAGGCGAGCGGGUCCACGAAUAGCGUGGACGCGGCGAGCGCGGCGAUUUUGUUGGAGCGCUACUUUGAUGGGUCGUACGGGGAGCCAAAGGUUGUGAAGCCGCUCGCGUAA